UGCGCUGUAGCUCUACGAAUCAAUUUUUGAUUUACCGUUACGUGUAAACGUACCAUAUGAUACUGUUUUGUAAUUAAAAUGCGAUUUAUAAAAUGGAUUAGGUAAAAUUAGAUGAAAUUAAUAUUAAACUGUUAAAGAAUGAUGUAUUAUAAAUAAUAUAAGAUUAUUUAUUGUACACUUUCCCUCUAUAAAUAUAUUUUCAAGGUUACUUCCUUAACGAUAAUGAUCUGAACCUGUCUGAACUGAGCGGAAUGUUUGUUACUAGUGAAGGAUGACAUUUUAAUGCCCAUAGUGCUGCUUAUGGUGGUGUUCGAGUUUGAACGGUAUUUUCCCUUUCUGUGCAUGUUUAUAUGUGCAUAAAAAAGUGUACUUUCUUUUUUGACGCGAACUAUUAACAAAGAAAAAUAUGUUCUGGAUGCAAGUGAAUAAUAAGAGAGUGUAAACAACUUUUAAGAUCAAGUAAGCAGUUUGUCUAAUAAUAAUAAUAAUUUCAUAAAGCAAAUGGCUUGAGUGUUAGUUUACGUACGCCCUAUUGAUGCAAUCUUCAUGGAUAUAAAAUUGGACAGCAAAAUAGAUCCUUCUGAAUAUGCAAUCAGAAUAAAGGAAGAGUCAAUCGAUCCAGAGAUCUGCGAUGAUUUGUCGCCGGUUGAUACGAAUACGGGGAAUGAAAAUGAAACAGCGACGUUUAAAGGUGAAUCUUCUGAUGGCAUUUAUUGUAGAAAUGGAUAAUUCGCUUUUCCUCAAGAAAGAACGUAUUUAGAAAACAACAAAUCGGAUCCUGAUAAACGAAAAAGUAAACAUAAAGUACCUUCAAACAACAGAAUAAGUUCCAAUGUUUGUUUGUUAACUUUUCAAAGUAAACAUUUAUUGGAACUGCAUAAUAAAUUAUGUAGCUGUAAUGUAUUUAAUUGUAAUAAUUGCACUGCAAUCUUCAGUAUGCAUAUUUCAUUGAUACGUUAAAUACAUUUAAAGACGCGAUGUUGUACGAAACAAUUGCCUGGAUAUAGAUGUAAUUUUUGGAACCGAAGGUUUUCCUAGAAAAGGCAUGUUCAAUCUCAUUUAUUCCAUGUGCAUGGGAACGCAAUAUUUUCUGGUGAAAGGAAAAUUAUGAAAACAUCUCCGGAAUCGUUAGGAAAGUCGAAUCAUUCGGAUGGUAGUCAUGGCAGAAUCAAAUAUUUCACACAGCCCCUCUGCAAAAAACGUAAAUAGCUCAAUAAAUAUAUCACCCACCAAGGGUUCGAGCAGCAAGAUCAAGUCUACGCAUCCGGAAUGGUUAAACUAUUCGCAUGGUAUACCUUCGAAAAGGAUGAAGCAGGCCGUCGUUACAGACUUCAUAUCGCUGUACAAAGAUAAACCGAAUGACAAAUGGGUUAGCCCGGAAAAAGUUACCGAUACGGGGAAUAUUCCUGUUACUGCGACUAUUAUUCCAACUUCAACACUAGAGACAUUUAGUAACAAGACAUCAAUGGCUUCAGAAGUUAUUCAGAUGUCCACUUCUGUUAAGCGAAUCGAAUCUCCUGUUAGGAAAAGACCAUUUGUUCAAAUUCAUGUGAAUUUAAAAACAAUGAUAUCUUUAUUAAGGAACGAUAUAAAAGCUGAAUCUGAAAGCUCUAAUACCUCGCGUAAUAUGUCUUACAACCUUAGGCCAGUGAAAAGAUCUUCUUUAUAUGAUUUUUACGAUUUAUUGGAGUUUGAAACCUUUGGAAGAUCAAGACAAUCUUUUAAAAGAAACAAGUCCCCCUAUAUAUUUAACCAAAGUAGAGGAUCUGCACCUGAAGCCAAGUGUAAAGAAUGUGUGGUCCGUUUGGAGAAGUGCGACAAACUCUUGGAGCCUACUAGUUUUGUGUCAAACGAAGACGAAGGCGAAAACGAAAAGGAAAACGAAAACGAAAACGAAGACGCUUCGAAACAAGCAGUAUCGAAAAAUGUGAAAGAGGAAUUUGGAGGUUUUCGUGAAACAGGUAACUUGCCUUUGAAAGUUGACACGAUUGCGCCAAAACGAUUCAAUGAAUUUGUAAAAUCUUUCGCUGAUAGAUCAAUCGUACCUCAACAAGAAUCGGUUGAGUUUAAGAAGAAAUUUAAGGUCAAUCAGCAGAAAAUAUUUCAAUGUCAUAUUUGUAAAAAAUCGUUUUCUUUGAAGGAGAACCUGCGCGAGCACAUGAAAUUGUUCCAUGUGAUUUACAUGUCGAGCAUAUGUAACGUUCGUUACACGUCCAUGAAUAAGUUACUAACUCACUAUUUACGUCAGCAUAUUGUGUUUAAACGAAGGGAAUGUUGCGUGUGUUAUGAAAAGUUUGACACGUCGGUAUUGUUGAAGCGGCACAUGAUUUUGCAUUGUUUGAAGACCAUAAGAUCGAAAAAAGACGUUCCACAGGUUGAUGUUGAAAUAAAUUGCAAUACAUUCAAGAAACAACACAAAUGCGAAGGUUGUCGCAAACGAUUUUGGCUAUACUCGUGUUUGAAACAACAUGAGAAUGUAUGUCGUCGAAUGAAAGUCUUAAUACAUAAACAACGUGUACCUUGUGUAAACCAUUUGUCUCGGUCCUUGAAAGAACCAAGUGACAUGGAUCUCGGCAUAGUACAGUCACCUGAUUUGGAAAAAAUGUUGGAUGUUCCGGGUGGGACGACAAGAUCUUUGGAAAAUUAUUUGGCUCCGAGUACGCUUACUACGGAUGAUACUUUCUCUUCGUCAUUCGAUACAGCUGCAAAGAACAAACGGUUACUUAAUGGGAUUGCAUGCGUAAAGGGUUACCAAGCGGACAAGAUGAAUAGAACAAAGUUUCCUUGCACUACUUGUGGAACACAAUUCCGAACAUUUCAAAAUUUGUGCAUACACGAGCGCACCUAUUGCCAAACAGCCACAGAAAAGUGUAACGUUUGUAACACGAUGUUUUCCACUAAAAGAUUAUUACAGCUUCACAUGCUUGCUACUCAUACGCCUUCGUGCUCGGUGAACUACAAAUUCUUUUGUAAGUUCUGUAAUCAAGGAUUCGUUAAGAAAUCGAAUCUCCAAAUUCACGAACGACACUUGCAUAUUCCUAGUCUGGUGGUGAAUUCCGAUUGCGUUUUGAAAGAUAAACCAAUCUGUAAUAUAUGUCAUUUGUUAUUCGAAUCCUACGAACGUUUUAUCGAGCAUAAUAUGUAUUAUUACAAGGGUAAUGAUUUUUUAUGCGCAAUAUGUGGUAAGUCUUUUCAAGGAAUGUACAAGCUUCAUCAUCACAACAAGUUGGAGCAUUAUCCGGACGAAUCAUGGAAAUUGUACCCUUACAAAUGCAAUAUUUGUAGCGAAGGCUUCAGCUCCGAAUCACAUUUCCACGCACAUAAGCUACACGUUCAUUCGCACGAUUUGCGCGCUGACGAGACGCGCGACCGCGAUACAUCGGAUCAGACUUUUCGCAUGUGUUCAUGAUUCUUUGGAUACAUUAAGAUAAUCAUAAAAUAAAAGCAUAGAGAAUAUUUAAUUCUUUGAUUUAUAGGUCGUUUCAAAAUCUAUUUUCACAGUACUUUACAGAAGAAUCGGCCUAGAUUGAGAUCUACAAUAAACACGCCAAGUACACACACACAUACGAAGCAAAUGAUUUCUAAAGUGUCCUUUAAGUCAUGUAUUCGCAUUUCUCAUCAUACGCAUGAAAUGUAUUUGUUGAGAAGGUUGGAUCUUAAUAGCCGAAAUAACGGUAUAGGAACAUUAAAGUUACACUUAGAAUUUAUAUUAGAAUAAUUAUAUAUUUAUUUGAUCAAUGAUUUCAUCGAUACACACGCACGCGUCUCAGCAUUUUCUUCCAUAUCCGACUGUUAACCGACUGAACAGUUAUAUUCCUUUGUUUUCGAGACGCCGCGCAUACACAUACUUCCACAUACUGAUAUUCACAUUCAUGUAUCACUACUACGCAGAUAAUUUAGUCUAGCACAUAAAAUUAUACAUAUCUUAGUAGUAUUGAUAUUUGUUGAAAUAUACUUUAUGAGUCAAAUCAACGCUUCUGACCUAGUACAAACUGCGCUCGACUCAAACAUCGAGCACUGAGUGAAGUUUGGGUGUCAGCCUUAGGCGCUUCCUGUACAUUGUUUGCGAUGGUCUUAGUUUGUUGAACCAGAAGAUGUCAAGCAUUCUAGGCUAGACGACCAGCCAGAAAACGAGUGAACUAGAUAUUCCAUACCGUCUCUAACUUUAUUUAAUAUACAUCGUUUUGUUCACAUAAGAGAUAAAGAGAUCUAAUCACGUUAUCGUAUCGUUUACUAAGUGCCGCAUGAAACAGCUUAAUGAAAAUUAUAAUAGAUCUAUAUACAUUAGAUCGAGUAAUAAAUUUGUCUGCUUCUCUUUGAACGCGUUAUAUUUAUGUGCUUUUAUAUAGGUAUAUGUUUCUCUGUGUGUGUGUGUGUGUGUGUGUGCGCGCGCGUGUGUGCGUGCGUGCGCGUGUGCGUGUAUUUUAUCAAGUACGUUGAUCAUUACCCUAUUUUAUUAUUGCAAAAUUUUUCGUUAAAGGGGGUUUUUCGUUCGGCGUGCGCGUUUCCGGAUCUUCAUAUUUUAUAAAUUGUUUUUGGUCAGCGUAAAUGUUUGAAAAAGUUAAAAAAUAAAUGAAGCGAGGGUAAGUAAAUGUUGCAAUUUUUUUCCUAAAUGCUGAUAGUGGUCAUUUUUAUUCUAUUACAAUGUUUACUCCCUAUAAUUAUUNCGUUUAGAUGUCCGCUCGAUAUAAUAUUUAUGACAUUCGUUAAAAAAUGAACAAACCUAUUAAUGAAUCUGAUAUUGAGGUUAACAAAAAAUUCAUUUCGUUUAUCACACGUGGAAUGAUUAUAUGAUAAGUUUCAUAUUUGACUAAUGACUAAUUUAAAUAUGAAUCGUAAUUACAGUUUUCAUUAUGAGAUGAUAUAUUUACUAACCCAGCUAUCGAUUAAUAACGUCGAAUGAUAAUUGUACGGGAACGAUAAUGCUUUGUAAUGUGCAAUUAAACUAUUACGUUAAAUAUUCAGUAAAUUAAUAUUUCAAUUUCCAUCACAGUGCCGGUCGCGCAAUUCGAUAAUCGACAGGAAUAUGAGACCAAGAACGAUAUGUAUCGCUAUGAAAGCGCUAAUGAAAAUUGUCGAAUUAGAAUUUUUAUAAAGAAAUAAGAAUUGACGUUUAUAUCAAAGAAUAAUUGCAGCGCGUAAUCAAAUAAAUUGAUUGUUUCACAGCGGAAAAAUGAACUAUUUUCACGAGCUUUCACCGGUUCUGCUGUACAACGAAACGAACAGUUGCGCAAUUAUGAAAGCUAACGUUUGUAUUUUCUAAAAAUUAGAAAGCUGGUAAAUUUAAUAGAUUGCUCGGGAAAUUUGUAGAUUUUAGUAGUACGAUAUGUAUUGUUUUUAAAGUGUAGAUAUUCUUUAAUAAAUUACAUUUUUCAGAAAA